AACAAAUCCUGGGGUAAUUAACCCAUUAAAAUUAACGAUCAAUAAGACACGCAUGCUUUGAUGAGAAUUUCUUUAAUUUUCUGGCCAAAUUCAAAUUUGCAUUUAAAAUUGUGUGAAUAAGUGAUAAAUGAUAAAAGUGGAAAAAGAUAAGGACAAUACGCUUUUGUGUAAUGUAACGUUUGAACGGGAGUAUGAGUAGGUCCCCUUAUAGAUAUGUAUGUUAUUCUAUCUAGUUGUGUUAAAUUUUCUUGCGGCGAGGACCGAACGCGAUGUCAGCGCCUCUACUGUCGAAAAUGAUUGGUAAACGAAUAUAAUUCCCUCAUUGACCGAACACAAUGCCGUACUUCGUGAGUCCCAAAUAAUCAACACAACAUCAAUCCCUUCAAGUCAAAAAAAACUUCACCGUGUGUGUUUACGCGUGCUUUAAUCAUUUCCGUCUAAUACACAUUUCAAGAAAGAAUAUCCGCGAGUGAAAUUUCGUUUGUGUUCGGUUUAGUUUGACAACACAAAGUGGCGUUUCUAGAAGAUCAACUUCGUUUGUGUUUUGUUUCCGUACGUUUCGCAACUGUUCUAACCUAACAAAUUCCGAUGGUUUUAAAACUUUUAGGUACUUCGUUUUGAAAAAAAUUCACCCAAACCGAUUCUAAUGUAAAUAAACUGUAUGUAAUCAUUCUCGGUAUUGUUUACAUAGCCGGUUCGGGUAGCGGCAAAUUUAAAAAUAAUGUAACUUUAACGUGAAUAAACGUUGUGCCGUCUCGACUUUUUUUGUUGUCUCUUGGAGAAUGGAUCCUGUGUUUCAACGGCUCGGAGAUGUUACAAUUCAACGUUUGGAUAAAACGAAAGACUCCAAGGUGGGACUCCAAAGUGGUGGUGAUCUUGUGGAUGACGAAAGUAAAGAUGAAAUCCAUUCGGAUAUAAACCUCGAGGACAGUCAAGGAAUAAAAAGAAACUUUGAUAACCUAGCAGGCCCUUCCAACAAACGUACCAAAUUUGAAUUUAAGAAAACCGGAGAUGAAUCUAGUAAUCUUAGCUACAGCGAUCCAGAACUUAGUGAUUACGAUUCCGAGAGCGAAAUUGAAUCAGAUGAGGAUAUUGGAAUUAAAUCUCAUAUUAGAGAACCUGCCGAGAUUAGUUCAGAAUUGGAAACAAGCACUGAUUUCUUAGAUAAGUUGGUCGACGAACCCUAUCCCAAUGAGGAAAGUGAAGAGAUUAAAAAUCCAAGCGAAAUUAAAUGUGAAGUUGAUGACUACGAGUAUGAUAUUAAGGAGAAAUUAAAAGAAAUGGGGGAGAUUAGUUUUGAAACUGUUAAAAAAGGCGAUAAACCUAAGAAAAGUGAGGAAACAUCUGUUAAUGAAGUUAGUGUUACACCUGCUAAAAAAAGUGUUACAGAAGAUGAUUUAAACGACCGUAAUAAACUCGCUGGAAACUUACGAAGAAACAUUCGCGAAGUAAUGGAUGAAACUAAACUCGACGAAUCCACUUUGGCCGCGCAACGACAAGAAAUGGAACGUUUACGACGCGUCCAAGAACAACAACGGAUCCUGCGUGAUUAUCAGAGACAAAUUCAACAAGAACGCGUCAUAUCGUUGUUGCAGGGAAACGUCCCGAAAGCAGGAACUUCCGGAGCUCGCAUCGGAAGUACGGUGCUGGUUAAGUUGCCCAAUGGCCAAACGAUGACGAAAGUAAUCAAGAAACCGUUUGAGUUGGUUAAAGUACCGAAAAGCGCCGUUCCACCACAUAAAAGUCCGAAAAAUUUGAUAGCAAUUAAGAAACCAUCCGGAAAUUUAACGCCAUCAGUUAGUAUAGCGCCCGUUAUGAAACGUCCACCGCAACUUGAACAAAGGUUUAGUGAUAGUGACAGUGAUAGUGAAGAUGCGAUGAGUACAAGGGUAUCUUUACAAAAACCAAAACCAAAAGAUCCUGUAACGACAAUCGAUAUUUCAUCAGACGACGAUUGUAUAGUUGUUUCUGAAUCAGAAAAUGACCCAAAUGAUGACACAGAUGAAGAUCCUAGUAAUUCUGGUUUGCAUACAAACGACGAAUUUAAUCAACCAGACGAGCAAGGUCGUGUUGUUGUGAAUGUUGGUCACGCUGAAGAUGAACAAGACGUGUAUGUAGCGCCACAAAUCGCUAGAAUUAUAAAACCUCAUCAAAUCGGCGGAGUACGAUUUUUGUUCGAUAAUGUUAUUGAAAGUGUAAAUAGAUUUGAAAGUUCAACGGGAUUCGGGUGUAUUUUAGCGCAUUCGAUGGGAUUAGGGAAAACGUUACAGAUUGUGUGUUUUUCCGAUAUAUUUCUUCGACACACACAAUCGAGAACAAUUUUAUGUAUAAUGCCGAUUAACACGUUACAAAAUUGGAUGGCGGAAUAUAAUAUGUGGUUACCAACUGAGGAAGCUGUUCCAAACAGUCCGUUAAAUGCUCACGGAGAAGUUCGGCCUAGAAAUUUUAAUUUGCACGUUUUAAAUGACAGUCAUAAAACUUUGGCAGCACGCGCUAAAGUUAUUCAUGAAUGGAAGGCCGGCGGGGGUGUUUUAUUAAUUGGUUAUGAACAAUACCGAUUGUUGUCGUUAAGAAAACAUCCAAAAAGUCGAAAGAAAGUUCCAGUUAUUGAACCCGUAGACGAUGAUAAAAGUAAAUUAUUAUUUGAUGAGGUUCAUGAAGCUUUAGUAAAACCAGGACCUGAUUUGGUGAUUUGCGACGAAGGUCAUCGAAUAAAAAAUUCGCAUGCUUCCAUCUCUCAAGCUUUAAAACAAAUGCGUACAAAAAGAAGAGUGGUUCUAACUGGUUAUCCACUACAAAAUAAUUUAAUGGAAUAUUGGUGUAUGGUUGAUUUUGUUCGACCAAACUAUUUAGGUACAAAGACGGAAUUUUGUAAUAUGUUUGAGAGACCCAUUCAAAAUGGACAAUGUAUAGAUUCUACAGAGGCUGAUAUAAAAUUAAUGCGAUAUCGGGCGCAUGUGUUGCAUUCGUUACUUCUUGGUUUUGUACAAAGGCGAUCUCACACCGUUUUACAAACCGCUUUACCACAAAAAGAAGAGUAUGUUUUGUUGGUUAGAAUGACACCAUUCCAAAGAACUUUGUACGAAACGUUUAUGAACGAAGUUGUGCGAACGCAAACCGUUCCAAAUCCAUUAAAAGCAUUCGCGGUUUGUUGUAAAAUUUGGAACCAUCCAGAUGUGUUGUAUUACUUUUUAAAAAAACAAGCUGGAGGAGAAACGGUGGAUAUUGACUUAGAGGAAGUAGCUUCGACCACAACAAAUGAGACAACAGCAAAACCGAAAAAGGGAUCAAAAAAAAGUACAGGAAAAGGGAAAAAUGCAAAACCAGCCGCGUCGGUUACGCCUUAUAAUUCUUCUGAUAUUGGAGGCAAAAAUAAAAAAUCGUCUGGAAAAAACCAAAACAAUAACAACAAUAUUAACAACAAUAUUUCGCAAACCCAACCCACGCCACAAACUCCAACCGAACAAAAUAACUACCAAAAUUAUCCAGUGAAAAUGGAAUUUGAGUACUCAAACAGCUCUGGGUACGGUUCAAAUCAAAGUUUCUCUUCAGGUUAUCAAUCGCAAAGUCAAAACAUGGGUGAAAGUCCGAGUUAUCCAUAUUCUAAUCAAAGUACACCAUCUUCACAAUAUCCAGCGAGUGGUACACCUCAAAGCGACUCGAAUAUAUAUCCUUAUCAACCAAACACUGGUAAUCAAAAUUAUUCUACUGAACCGUUUGCUGGGGGUCCAAACCAUAACUUUGAUCAAAAACCGAAUUUUAAUAAGGGAAAUGAUUACCCUCCAAACUUUAAUCAACAACCAACAACACCUCAAUAUAAUCAAAAUUCCCAAAAUUACAAUCAACCACCAAAGAAUUCUUUUCCUGAACAUCAAGAGAAUUACCCAGCGAACCAACAAGGAAAUUUUACUCCAACUCAAAGUUCUUAUCCACCAAAUGAACAAGAGGGAUUUAGAAACCCCGAAAAUGAGUUUAAUCACCAACAAAAUACUGGGGGAUUUCAAAAUCAACAUGCUACUUUUUAUGAUAAUCAAAACCCCCAAGAAUAUCCUACUCUAUACGAACCAUGUAGAUAUCCAGUUGGAAGAAAACCUUCGCAGCCUGGUCCACCAAAUAACGAGUCACAACAGCCCUUACAACCACAUUCUGGAUAUGCAACAUCCAAUAAUAAUAACUUACCACCGCAAAAUCACAAUUUACCACCGCAAAAUCAUAAUUUACCACCACAAAAUCAUAAUUUACCACCACAAAAUCAUAAUUUACCACCGCAAAAUCAUAAUUUACCACCACAAAAUCAUAAUUUACCUCCGCCAAAUCAUAAUUUACCGUCGCAAAAUCUCAAUGUUCCUUCUAAUGGUCAUAAUAUUAAUCCUCAAGGUCAUAAUGUUCCAUCACAAACUCAUAAUAUUCCCCCUCAAAGUCAUGGUACUCCACCACAUGGACAUCACCAACAUAAUUCUUCUUAUGAGGGACUUAAUCCGCAUUCACAAAAUAUGAAUCAUCCACAUGGUGGGCAUUCUCAAGGAGGAAAUCAUUCUCAAAGUACUGGACAUCCUCAAGGAGGGAAUCAUUCUCAAAAUAUUGCGCAUCCCCAAAGUGGGACACAUCCACAAAAUGCAGUGCAUUCUCAAGCUGGUGUACACCCACAUACUUUACAAAGUGGACAUCCUCAAAAUUCAGGACAUUCUCAACCUAACUCUCAUCCUCCUCCACCGUUACCACAUCCUCAACCACACAAUCCUUCAACUCCAUAUCCUCAACAUCAUUCAGAUAAUCCUGAUCAUCAUCAAACUGGAACAAAUCCUGGGUACCCACCUCAACAUAAUCAACAUAAUCAACCAACCACCCCGUAUCAUCCUUCAAGUGUUGAUGGAUACCCUCAAGGUGUUGGACAAAAUCCUGCCCCUGGAGUGCAUCCUCUAAAUGUAGGACAUCAGCAAGCAAUCCAAAAUGUUCAGAACGUUCCAAAUUCUCAACAUUUCGGAAAUUACCCGCCUCCUCAAAGUAAUCAACCACAAAGUCACCAACAUCAUGGACAUCAAACACCUCAAAAUGCAAGGGAGCCACCUCAAAAUAUUAGAGAUCAGACUCAAAAUGUUGGUGGGCACCCCCAAAAUCAACCUCAAAGUGUACCAGAAGUUACUACAAACCCUGGAUAUGGAAUGCCUCCGAAUAAUGGACACCAAAUUCAAGCUCCGUCUGGACAUAAUAAUGUAUCUGGUUAUCCUCAAAACGCGAAUUAUCAAGUGCAGAGCUCUGCGCCUCCUCAAAAUGUAAAUCAUCCAACUCAAAUUGUACCACCUCAAAAUUUAAAUCAGCCGCCUCCAAAUAUUCCUCCAAAUUCAAAUGCACCCCAAACUAUUCAAAACUAUCCUCCUCAACCAGCACAAACAUAUCCGCCAAAUGUACCACCCCAUUAUAAUUCUACUAGACCGAAUCAAGAGAAUCCAACUUAUCCAUUGCCCCAAGAUCAACAAUCACCUUAUCCAAAUAGAGAAGCACCACAAAAUCAACCCUAUCAACAAAAUAACACUCCUGGUUAUCAACAUCCACCUCCAAAUACUUAUCAAAGUGGUAGUGGUCAAGGAGAAUAUACAACUAACCAAUAUAAUGAAAAUCAAUAUCACGGAAAUUCGACGCAAAAUUAUACAAGUGAGAGCCCACCAAAAGGUUUUCAACCAAAUUCUACGAAUUCUUACCAAAACCCACAACAAAAUCCCGAGUAUUCAUCACAACCUUACCAAAAUCAACAACCGCCAUAUCAAAAUUAUCAACAGAAUCAGUAUCCUAACUAUCCAAAUGGAGGUAACAAUAAUUCUGGUGGUAAAGAUAAUACAUUUCCUCAAAAUUAUAAACAAGAAGUUCCUCAAUCGCCAUAUAAACAAGAAGUAGGUCAGCCCCCAUCAAAUUAUCCCAAUCAAAACCAACAAUUUCAACCACCUGGUAACUUUGAUAACUAUCAAAAUCAACAACAACCUUAUUGGAAUCAAGAAUAUAAACCGAACGAAAAUUAUAACAAACCAAAUGAAAGUUAUAACUUUAAGCCGCCGUUUAAUCAAAAUUAUCCAAAUCAACAAUGGAAAAAGGAAGAAAAGUCGCCGUCUUCAAACAUUUGUCCGAGUCCUGUUAAAAGUGAACCCGGUGAUAUUAAACCAAAAAUAAACAUAAUAAGUGAUAUAAAAUUAAGCGGAAAUUCGGCGUACGACAUGAAUAAAAAGAUUAAUAUUUUAAGCGAUAUUAAAUUGGAGCCGAAAACGGAAAACGAUGAAAUCAAAGAGGAAGUUAAAUCGGAAAAGGGGAUCGACAUCAAACAAGAACCCAGUGACGAUGAUAUUAAAAUUGUCGAAGCUACACCUGCAAUUAAAACGGCGACUAAAGAAGAUACUGGUAUUCCAUACGAUUGGGCUAUCGAAUUGUUAAAAGAUUAUGUUCCUGGUAUUAUUGAAAAUUCCGCUAAAUUAGAAAUACUUUUUUGUAUUAUCAAAGAAAGUAUUGCACUCGGUGAUCGAUUAUUGGUUUUUAGUCAAUCUUUAAUUACUUUAGACUUGAUUGAACAGUUUUUACAGAUGAAUGUUGUUCCAGGAGAUACAUUAAAUUGGGCCAAAAAUGUUAAUUAUUAUCGUUUGGAUGGUUCAACAAGUGCAUUGGAACGAGAAAAACUAAUCAAUGAAUUCAAUUCGAAUCCAAAAAUUUAUCUAUUUUUAGUAUCAACCAGAGCUGGUUCUUUAGGUAUAAAUUUAAUUGGUGCUAAUCGCGUCGUUGUCUUGGACGCAUCUUGGAAUCCUUGCCAUGAUACGCAAGCGGUUUGUAGAGUCUAUCGUUAUGGACAAAGGAAACCGUGUUUUGUGUAUCGUCUGGUGGUCGAUAAUUGUCUUGAAAAGAAAAUUUACGACCGCCAGAUCAACAAGCAAGGAAUGUCCGAUCGCGUUGUUGACGAAUGCAAUCCAGACGCUCAUUUAACUAUUAAAGAUGUUAGCACACUUUGUUGGGACGAUAAAACAGAAGAAGGCGAAGAAAAGGAUUGGUCACAUUGUAAAGAUAAUUAUAUUGAUGUUGUUUUACAAAAAGUUCUCGUUCAACACGGGAAAAGAUUGAACAAAGAACCGUUUCAACAUGAAUCUUUAUUGGUUGAUCGUAAAGAUAAGCAACUUUCCCAACAAGAAAAAAGGUUGGCGAAAAAAGGAUAUGAAAGAGAAAAACAAGCGGCUAGACAACCCUCUUAUAACGUUGGCGGAGUCUCGCGAGGACAUCGACCGGUUGCUUCUGUUAGGCCAAUGCAACAAGGUGGAGAGCGUCCAACUAGAUGGAUUCCAGCUGAGCACUGGCAAAGGCAAGGGAUGACAGCACAAGAAAUGACAUUACCUUUAGACGUUGUUAUUCCAACAAAUCAACCCGACAAAGGAAACAUUGUUCUUAAAGCUGGACAAAAAGUUUUAGUUUUGAAAUCACCUAAAGGGGUUUAUAUGCAACUCGAAAGUGGAAAAAUUGUCGCCAUUAAAACAGCAAUUAAAGUUCGUGGAAAAGUUGAUGAAGACCAAGCGAAAGCAAAAGCGAUGAUAAAAAAUAACACCGCAAUCUCAGUAUUACCUCAAAAACGUAUCGUAAAGCCUUUCGCGCCCAACUUAACUAAAUUAAGUGUAAAAAGUAUAAAACAAAACGUCCCCAAUUUAGUUUCAAAAAUGCAAACGGUUACUAAACGCGUUCAAACGGCAAAAACUAAACCAUAUAACAUUGGUCAAGAAAUAACCAGGACUAGUACGCAGGCAAAAAGUGAAACGGAAUCGCAUCCAAGUAGUAGUGACGAAGAGCGAACUCUUCAUGGCAAUGAGAAAAGACACUUUAAUUUUUCUAAAGAUAAUAUACUUAACCUUGAUAAUAAGAAGAGCGCUCAUAACUCUAGGAAUAGUUCGUUAGAACGACGAGAAAUGAGUACUGAUGAAGAUACUAUUUCACCUAUUGUUACUACUGCUAUUAAACCGAAAAAUGUCAGAGGUAAAUCAAAAAGGGAGGCUAGUACUGCUUUGGAAAGAUUGGAUCAAUGUGCUAGUACUAUUAUGGCUAAAAAUAAACAAACGUUUCAGGAGUCUUUAGAUACGAUAACAAGUACAUACACGGAAGACGAUAAACAUCCAGAACCUUCACAUUCCGCAACGAACCAAUCGACACAAAGCAUAUCAUCAUCCUCUGAACCGGAAGUAAUCCCCGUAGACGAUGUUACAUACCCGGAAAAUGAACCGACAUCGACAUCAACUGGUGAAACAACCUCGAAAUCCGACAUUCCAACUCCUGAUUAUGGCUAUAAUUAUUACGGUUAUGCCCAUGGAGGUCAUGUCCCAUACCCUCCACCACCUCAAGGUUAUCCUGGAUAUCCACCCCAGCCAUAUGAAAUGAUGGGUUACCAACAACCGCAGUACAAUUACGCGAUGUACCCACCUCAAGGUUAUCCCCCACCUCCCCAGGGUUAUCCACAAGGUCCUUAUGAAUAUCAACCUCCCCCACCACAUCCUCAAGGACCACCUCCGCCGGUUUAUGCUGGUUAUCCGCCAUAUCCGCCACAACAGUAUCCUCCGCCACCACCACAAGGUAUGUAUGUGGGAGCUCCACCACCUGGAGGUCCGCCACCGCCUCCACCGGGUCCGGGGUAUGAAUAUGGGUAUGUUGCCCCUCAUGCAGGGUCUGCACCACCACCAGCAGCACCAUAUUAUACGGGGCAUUGAAAAGUUAAUUGAAAAUAAGUGGGGAGUUGAAUAGUGCAAUCCUUUAUGAAGAAACAAACACAAUAGACAAAGAUGAUUUUUUUAUUAGUUUGUGUUAUUGAUUAUUAUAUUAUUUUUUCAUCGUAAUGAAAAAUAUCUAUGUGUGAUCUUUUAAUUUGAAGAUGAUUAUAAGAAAAAUGAAAAAAAAUCCAAUUGCAUGCUAAAAAAUCGCUAUUAAAAAAAAAUAAGUAGCGUUUCAGUGUGUAUUAUCUUCUCACAGGCGAAAAAAAUAUUUAAUGACGACUUAGUAUUAGAAAGUCUCUCUUUCUCUCACUCUCUAUUCCUUUUUUCCCUUCUUUAUAAUUUUUAAACCCUUCAUACAGAAUAUAUUUGACGCUUGAUGAUGGUAGCGUAAAGUAUGUUGACAUGACUUUGGGUGUCUAAUUUUACGAUUUAUUUUAAUUUAAACAAAAAGGAAAAACGAUUAAGGUGUAAAAGAUUUUAAUGAACUUGU